UCCGAGACAGGCGGUCUCUGCCACUAGCCAAGAUGGAGUGCGUCGGGCGACGGGUCUGGGCCUUCCACGGCGACGGCUGGCAGCUCGCGUCGGUCCUCGCGCCUGAGGCCGACAACGUCCUCGUGCAGCUACCCUCGGGCGCGGCCAAGGUCCCAGCCGCGGCCAUUCACCCGUGCAACCCGGACGACCAGCGGCUCGACGGCGUCGACGACCUCACCGCGCUUGUGCAUUUGCACGAACCCGCGAUCCUCAACACGCUCCAAGUGCGCUUCCAGAAGAAGCUCAUCUACACGAGCACGGGCGCGAUCCUCGUGGCCAUCAACCCCUUCGCGGCGCUGCCAGCGCUGUACGCCGACGAGGCCAAGAAGUGCUACAUGGAGCACGCGAGCACGGACGAAGCGCUGCCACCGCACGUCUACACGAUCGCCGACAAGACGUUCCGCGCCAUCACAUCGGCAUCGUGUAGCAACCAGAGCAUUCUGGUCAGCGGCGAGUCGGGCGCGGGCAAGACCGAGACGACCAAGAUCAUCAUGAACUACCUCGCAUCGGUCUCGAGCGUCAACCCGCAGGACGCGGCAAACGAGAAGGACAACGUGCGCGACCGCAUCCUCGAGUCCAACCCGAUCCUCGAAGCCUUCGGCAACGCCCGGACCAACCGCAACAACAACUCGUCCCGCUUUGGCAAGUUCAUUCGCCUCGGCUUCGACCGCAGCGGGUCGCUCCUCGGCGCGUCCAUCUCGACAUACCUUCUCGAGCGCGUCCGGCUCGUCUCGCAGGCCAAAGGCGAGCGCAACUACCACAUCUUUUACGAGCUCUUACGUGGCGCGUCGUCCGACGAGCUCCAUGCGCUGGGUCUGACGCCGUCGAUCGAGCACUAUGGAUACCUCAACAGCAGCCAGUGCGUGGACCGCAAGGACGGCGUCGACGACAAGGUGCAGUUUGCGCUCACGCGGACGGCCAUGACGACCGUCGGUCUCUCGCCCGUCGAGCAGUCGAGUGUUUUCCAGCUGCUCGCGGCGGUCCUGCACCUCGGCAACCUCAAGUUUGUCAAAAAGGGCGUCGACGGCGCAACCUUUGCCGAGAGCAGCCACAGCCUCGUGCGCACCGUGUGCACGCUCCUCGGGCUCGUGUCGACGGACCUCGAGUCGGCGCUGUGUACGCGCGAGAUCAUUGCCGGCUUUGAGCCCGUGCGUAUGAACCUCUCGGUCGAGACGGCUGGGAUGAUGCGGGACGUCCUCGCCAAGACGAUCUACGCGCGCGUCUUUGACUGGCUCGUCGACCGCAUCAACGUCUCGAUCGCGUAUUCGAGCAGCGGCAGCGAAGGCAGCAACCACAGCGGCGGCGCGUACCCGACGAUCGGGAUCGUCGACAUCUUUGGCUUCGAGAUCUUUGCGACCAACUCGCUCGAGCAGCUCUGCAUCAACUUUGCCAACGAGAAGCUCCAGCAGCUCUUCGCCCGCUUCGUCUUUGAGAUGGAGCAGAAGGAGUAUGCGAAGGAGGCGAUACCGUGGACGUUUGUCGCGUACCCCAACAACGACGCGGUCGUCGCGCUCUUCGAAGGCCGACCGAAUGGCAUCUUUUGUCUGCUUGACGAGCAGUCGCGGCUCUCAAAGGGCAACGACCGGACGCUCGCGGCCAAGUACUACGCAAGCUUUGCCAAGCACGCGCCGUUCUCAGCGUCCAAGCUCGAGCAAGGCCUCAACUGCUUCUCGAUCCAACACUAUGCGGGCAAGGUGCAGUACGCCACCAAGGGCUUUUGCGAGAAGAACAAGGACCACGUGCCCGACGAAGCGCUGAUUGCACUGACGACCUCGAGCAACAUCUUUGUGGCCGACCUCUUUGAGGACUGGGAGUACGCGUCGAACCGCGGCGACCACGACGACGUUCAGCGCCACUCGACGCCCGACUUGCACCCGGUGAGCGCCACCGCCAAGCUCCCGGCGCGGUCGUCGUUUUCGAGCCAGCCGUCGCUGUCGCCGUCGCGCAAGCUCAGCCACCGGAGCUCGUCCGUGUUAGCGUCGACGGUCUCGCUCAAGUUCAAAGUGCAGUUGUCGUCGCUGCUGGCGACCUUGUCGGCGUCGGUGCCGCACUUUAUUCGGUGCAUCAAGCCCAACGACGCGAUGCAAGGCCACCUCUUUGACAAGCACCGGGUCCUCGAACAACUGCGCUGCUCGGGCCUUGUCGAGACGACCAAGAUUUCGCGCAUGGGCCUCCCGAUCCGAAUGGCGUUAUCGGCCUUCCUCGAGCACUACCAGUGUCUGCACCCGACGCUGCGCAGCGUGGGCCGGCUGGUCCCCGCGCUGCAGACGCGGAUCGCCGCGCCGUUCUACAUCGGGAAGACCAAGAUGUUCCUGAGCCAUGAUGCGUUCGAGCAGCUUCAAGCAGCGGUGGUGACCACGCGGGCGAGCGCGGCCACGACGCUGCAGGCGCACGCGCGCCAACACCUCGCCACGCACAAGUACCAGCGUCUUCGCGCCAAAACGAUUCUUGUCCAAGCGACCGUGCGCGGCUUCUUGGGGGCGCGUCGCUUCCGCACGCAGCGCGGUGCGGCCAUGUGUCUGCAGCGCCAUUGGCGGCAGCUCGUGCACUACCGCGCCUUCCUCCACAACGCCACGUGCAUGCAGCGCGCGUGGAACAUUCUCUUGCGCUGGAAGGCGGUUGUCGCCUACAAACACCGCUGCGUCGCCGCUCGCAACGAGCUUCUGUGCCGAUACAUCGGUGCUUGGCGUGCAGCCAAGGCGGCGGCGCUCGCUCGAGCCCUUGGCGCUGUACGUCACUGGCAGCGGUAUCUCGAGCAGCAAAAGCACUACCGAGGCGUCCGUGUCGACGUCAUUCGGCAGUUUGUUCGCUGCUGCCGCGCCCGUCGCGCGUUGCGGGCGUCCGUCGUCAGCCACUGGCAAAGCAUUGUCGCGGCCAACGCCCGCCGACGAACGCAUCUGGUGCUGCGCUUUGUACAGCAGCACCGCGACGCCAAGGAAGCGAUCGAGGCGCAGGCGCGCAAGUGGAGUCUCGACCUCCUCGAGGCCGCGACCACAGAAGAAAAGACACAGCCCGAGGCCGAGCACAGCAGCGACGACGACGAAGAUGUCCACGCCGUCGUUCGCCUCUCAUCGCCUUCGAUCGGGCGGCGGCGGUCGUCGUCGGCAAGCCGGCUCUCGUCGCAGUACACGCUUCGCUGGGAGCGUGGCGUGCUCGGGCUUUCGUUUGACAUUGCAUCGGGCGUGCCGGUGGUGUGCCGCAAGCACGAUGCGCUCUCCGACUGCUCGGGCAUCGCCGACGUGGCCAAAGGCGACCAGCUCCUCGCGAUCGGAGAGCACGUGCUGUGCGCCGACGCCGACGACAUGGCAACGGUGCUCUCGGAGAUGGCGCCGCCGGUCUCGCUCCGCUUUUGGCGCAGCCCGGUGCGCGCGCGGACAUCGUCGGCCUGCUCGUGCUCGUGCUCGUCCGAUACGAUCACGAUCGGUGCGACGCCGAUCCUCGAAGGCGACGCCGACCUCGACGACGAGGCGGUGCACGAGGCCGACGCGUUUGACGUGCUCUUGACGACCGAGGACGUGUCUGUUGCGUUUGCCUGGAAGGCUCACACGUGCAGCCAUGACGGCUUUGUGCGCCCUGCCGUCGACGGCUUCCGCGGCCAUCUCGAGAGCGUCAAGGGCUUGCCCAAGCUGCGGCCGUCCGACAUUCUCUUGUCGAUUGCUGGGACGCCCACCGCGCACAUGACGUUUGAAGCGGCGAUCGACCACGUGGCGUCGGCGCCCCGCCCCGUCGUCUUGCGCUUCAUCGCCGGGCCGCGGCCGUCGCAGGCGCCGCGCUCGACACCGCGCGACUACAUCAAGUGGUUCUUUCAUACGAACGUGGUCUCUCUCGAGUGGGACGACGACGUCCUCGGCGCCGAGCUCAAGCGCGUGCGCUACUCCGAGUGCCUCCGCGUGGCCAAGCUGCACGGCGGCGGCUGCCUCGCCGCACACAACAUGCACGUGGCGUCGCCCGAAAUGCGCGUCGACGUCGGCGACAUCCUUGUCCGCAUCGAUGACGCGCCGCAGUCGUUUGCCGCUGCGUUGCGUCUGCUCCAGGAGCAGCAGUCGCGCAUGAUCAAGGCACCGCUGCGCCUGACGUUCGAGCGGCCGUCGCCGUACACCCAAGGUGUCAACGCGCUCUCGCGGACGAUGGACCGAGUGCUCGAGUGGGCCGAGGCCGACGACCUUGUGUGGCGCCUCAUCGCCGGCGUCGUGCUCUUCUACUGCAUCUACUACCUCGACGAGUUUCUCUUUGCGCCCUUUGCUUCGUAGUUUAGAGACUCUGUCAUCGUCAAUGAGGAGGCUUAUUUACAUCUG